AUGCGCUUCCUCACUCUCGCCGCCCCCUUCAUCGGCCUUGCCGCCGCCAUUCCCGCCCCUGAGCCUGCUCCCGUCAACAAGCCCAGCAAGGUCAAGAUCCACGGCAUCAGCCUGCUCGGCAGCGGCUGCCCCGCCGGCACGGCCGACGUCCAGGUCGAUGCCACCGGCACGCUCUUCGAGGCGACCUUCUCUGCCUACGAGGUCCAGACCGGCCCGGGCACCAAGGCCAUCGACUGGCGCAAGAACUGCAAGCUCACGCUGAACAUGGAGUUUGACCAGGGCUUCCAGUUCUCCAUUCUCGACACCGACAUGAUCGGCUUCGCUGAGAUCCCCACGGGCGCCAGGGGCCAGUGCUCCAACACCUUCUCCUUCACGGGCAACCCGGGCAACCAGGUCACCUACGCAAUCAACCUCAACGGCAAGUUCAGCGGCGACUUCGACCUCCACUCCAACCCCGGCAUCGAGUCGUGGUCUCCCUGCGGCGGCAGCACUGCGAUCCUCAACAUGAACACCGCCUGCAACAUCAGCCCGACCCACCUCCCUGCCCUCAUUGCUGUCGACCACAUCAGCGGCAAGCUCAAGGUCAAGUUCGCCGUCAAGUGGCGCCACUGCCCCCGCAAGUAA